AUGGGGGGCGACCCAGUUGAGUCUUUUUUCAAUUCCGUUCAGGUUGUGAAGGAAUCGCUGUUGCCACUGGAAGUGGGUUUUCGGAAGGCGGCGAAGGAUCUUGAGCAUUGUUUGGCAGGGCCAAAGAACAAGGUCAAUGGUGUUUAUUUGAUUGCCCCACUGAGGGAAAGUUGUGAAUUUCAGAUCUGUGAUGUGAAGAAGAAGAAGGGGUUGUCAAUGAAGGUUCCUAUGAAGGCUUUCUGGGGCAUGUUUUCACAGAAUUCAGGGAAUGGUGGUGGUGGUGGUGGUAAUAGAGCUCAAGUGGGUAAAGAAGACGGGCCCUCGUGCACCAAUUGUUUGCAGUUUGCCGUGACUUGGUCUUUAUUGCUUAAUGGGUUCCUUCAGUCUCUGCCACUUCCUUUCAAAUCUGGAAAGAAGAAGUGUCAUAAAGUGUGUGAUGAAGAUAAGCCGAAUUCUUGCAUGAGGUCCACUGUUUCAUCAUGUGAUUUGAAGCAGGAUGAAUCCAAGGGGGUUCAGUUUGGUAGAGCCCUUUGGGAGAAGGGUGUGAAGAGGAAGGAUGGGAAGCAUGUUUCACUUGAUUGCGUUAUAGGUUUUAUUUUUGAUCAGUUAUCUCAGACUAUUCAGAGUCUUGAUCAUGGGGUGCAAGAAAAUCACGAUGACCUUGACUCUGGGAAACCAUGUCUGCCCCAACCUUCUUUUCCUCAUUUUGGUAAUGUGAAUGCACUUACAGGUUUCUUGGAGGAGCACAAAGUAUAUGUCAAUGGUUUCUUGGGGAAUUUGAGGUUUGCAAAAGUGGGUGGUGUACCAUCAACCGUGCCUGGAGAAGAAAGCCCUUCCACGAACGGGGAGGGAGAUAAUAGCAAUAGUAAUAAUAGUUAUGGUAAUGGUAGCGGUAAUAAUGAAAACAAGGAUGAAAACGGAGGAAAUUCGCCACAGAAGGUUGCCAGCAACAUAUUCAGUAUUCCCCUCUCAAAUGUGGAACGUCUAAAGUCUACACUUUCCACAGUUUCAUUGACAGAAUUGGUUGAACUGCUACCACAACUGGGAAAAACUUCUAAAGACCAUCCUGAUAAGAAGAAACUAAUCUCGGUGCAAGAUUUUUUUAGAUACACAGAGUCUGAAGGUAUGUCAUAUUACAUCGAACUUAUUUUUUCUGGACUAGUGUUUGGGCAUUGCGGUAAUNCGAGGUUGAGAACAUUGGUGCAAGGGCAAUCUGUUCAAAGGCAAGCAGCUACUACCUUGCAAUGCAUGCAAACUCUUUCACGGUUGCAGUCUCAGAUUCGUGCAAGGAAGGUUAGAAUGUCUGAGGAGAAUCAGACUCUUAACCGGCAACUGCUGCAGAAACGUGAAAAGGAAUUGGACAAGUUGCAAGCUAACCAAAUUGGAGAAAAAUGGGACGAUAGCUCGAAAUCAAAGGAGCAAGUUGAGGCAAAGCUGUUGAACAGGCAAAUAGCAGCUAUGAGAAGACAAAAGGCCAUGGCAUAUGCAUCAACACAUCAGCAAACAAGGAGGAACUCUUCAAAAUCUGCCACAAAUGCUACAUUUAUGGAUCCAAACAAUCCCCACUGGGGCUGGAACUGGCUAGAGCGAUGGAUGGCUACUAGGCCAUGGGAAGAUCAAAACACUACCUACCACAUUGGUCAUGCAUCUGCCAAGAGUGCUGUAAGAAACACCAUGUCAGUUGGUGAAAUCACAAAAUUAUACUCUCUCCGUGACCAGAACAAUGAUGUCAAAACAACCCCAGAAAACCAAAAUCCAAAAUCCCCUCAAAAAAGAGCCCGAAGGGUCUCGCUAACCAAUGUAACAAGGCCAAAGGGACCAAGUGGUUCAUGGGGUGGUGAAGGUGAUUCAAAAUCCAUGUUCUACAAAGUCCAUGAAAACAAUCGCAGGCAUAGCAUUGGAGUGUCACCACUGAAUGAUGACGAGAUCCCUUCAAGCUCUUCACCUGCUUUCCCAAGUCACACAACACCAUCCACCCAGGUUGCAAAGGCCAAGCCAUCAUCCAAAGGGAGAAGUGCAUCACAAAGAAAUACAACACCCGAAAAAGUAGCUUCUGCUCCUUUAAAGAAGAGACUCUCUUUCCCUUCUUCUCCAGCCGGUGCAAGAAGGUAUUCUGUUUCAACCAGACCUGGAAAUGUGGCUUCCAACAAGAGUGUUGCUAAUGGUUCCACCCCUGAAGAGAAAAUGAGAGUGAGAAGUAUUCAUGACUAUUUUUGUUAUACUUUCAGGAGCAUUUGGUUUGAAGCUGCAACUGUAGUUGCUGUUCCACCACCUGUUGAAAUUCCUGCCGGAAGUGUGCUAAGAUCUGCACUGGCAGGUGGCCUUUCCUGUGCCCUGUCUUGUGCCUUACUGCAUCCAGUUGAUACAAUUAAGACUCGAGUACAAGCAUCAACCAUGUCCUUCCCUGAAAUUAUUUCUAAGCUGCCAGAGAUUGGAAGGCGGGGUUUAUACAGGGGGUCAAUCCCUGCAAUUCUUGGACAGUUUUCAAGCCAUGGCUUGCGAACUGGGAUAUUUGAAGCAAGUAAAUUGGUGUUGAUAAAUGUUGCUCCAACACUGCCAGAACUCCAGGUACAAUCAAUAGCAUCAUUCUGUAGCACAUUUUUAGGAACAGCUGUGCGGAUCCCCUGUGAGGUGUUGAAGCAAAGGUUACAGGCUGGUCUUUUUGACAAUGUGGGUCAGGCUUUUGUUGCAACUUGGGAGCAGGAUGGUCUUAGGGGCUUCUUUCGUGGAACCGGAGCUACCCUGUGCCGUGAGGUUCCAUUUUAUGUCGCUGGCAUGGGGCUUUAUGCUGAAUCUAAAAAGGUUGUUGAACGUCUACUAGAGCGGGAACUGGGUCCCCUGGAAACAAUAGCUGUUGGAGCUUUAUCUGGCGGCUUGGCGGCUGUGGUGACAACACCGUUUGAUGUGAUGAAAACUAGAAUGAUGACUGCGCAAGGGCGGUCUGUGUCAAUGUCCUUGAUAGCCUUCUCUAUAUUGAAACAUGAGGGACCCCUUGGCUUGUUCAAAGGAGCAGUUCCAAGGUUCUUUUGGAUUGCACCUCUUGGUGCUAUGAACUUUGCAGGUUAUGAGUUGGCAAAGAAGGCUAUGAACAAAAAUGAGGAGGGCAAGGCAGGGAAUUCAGAUUAACAUCUUCAGUAGUUUACCUGGGAUUUUGUGUUACAGCAGCCAAAUGUCUGGUAGAAUUUUUGAGUUUACUGCAGUGAUCAAUGGAAUAAGGUCAUUGAUUCUGCUCUCAAAUACACAUUUUGUUUCCUUUCUUCAUUUUCUACUUUUAUAAGAUUGCCUUUUGUAGCAGCAGAAUCAAAAAGUAUAUUCUUCGUAUAUUUGCAAACUAAAGGUUCAAUUUUAUUUCU